AGAACACACGCAUUUUAGUGAAAACAGACAACAAGAAAGAAAAACAGAUUUCUUUUAUUUUUUGAAUUCAUAGAAAAUGGAAAACAGUUACAAGAUGAGAGUGAUGGCUGUAACAAUUGGUACCUUGGCGGCACUCUCGAUCUUCAUAACCGUACGGUACCGGAGACGAAGGCGGAGCCAAAAGUGCCCUUCCAAUUCGUGUUAUUUACAAGGAGACCACUGCCAGAACCAGAAGAAGCCACAGCACGCAUUUAAGCGAGUCUUGGCCGAUAAUUCAUACUCUCCUUUCAAGCACUUGAAGAAGCUUCACGACUCUCCCAACGAGAAUGAUUUGAAUUCGCAUCCAUAUGAGGCGGAGGUUACAGCCUUGUUGGACAAUCCGGGACUUGAAUUCAGCUUCAUAAAUGAAUAUACCGAUUUGAAAAUGAGUGAGACGUAUACCUGGGUUGAGACUGAGACGCAGUUGAAGGAGCUCGUGGAUGUUCUGAGCAAAGAGAGGGUUUUUUCUGUGGAUACUGAGCAGCAUAGUUUACGAUCUUUUCUAGGUUUUACGGCUUUGAUACAGAUUUCUACUCAGAAGGAAGAUUAUUUGGUGGACACAAUUGCUCUUCAUGAUGCAAUGAGCAUUAUUCGCCCAGUUUUUGCAGAUCCUAGUAUUUGUAAGGUGUUCCAUGGGUCUGAUAAUGACAUUCUCUGGCUACAAAGAGACUUCCAUAUAUACGUUGUAAAUUUAUUUGAUACAGCAAAGGCAUGUGAGCUGUUGUCAAAACCACAGAAAUCACUGGCAUACUUACUUGAAACUUAUUGUGGAGUGACGACAAACAAAUUGUUACAGCGUGAAGACUGGAGACAACGACCCCUAUUAAAUGAAAUGGUGCAAUAUGCUCGAAUAGAUGCACACUAUCUAUUGUACAUUGCGAAUUGCUUAAUUGCUGAACUCAAACAACAGGAAAAUGAAAUCUCCUGUCCCGAUGACAAAUUCCAUUUUGUUCUCGAGGCUAGUCGGCGUUCCAAUAUGACUUGUUUGCAACUCUACACAAAAGACGUUGAAGGUUUUCCUGGAGAGUCUGCUGCAUCAUCAUUAUCUUCCCGUCAUUUGAAUGGUCAAGGAGGUGUUUCAUCAAAUUUUGAAGCCAAGUUUCCAGAUCUUGUGAGGCGAUUGUGUGCUUGGAGAGAUUUAAUGGCUCGUUUGCAUGAUGAGAGCUUAAGAUACGUAUUAUCAGAUCAGGCUAUUGUUGCUCUUGCAGACAGAGCUCCAAUGACAACAACAGAAGUAUGUAACACCAUAAAUCAAGCUGAUCUGAAUGUGGAUUUGAGUUUCCAUUCUUUCCUCCCAUCUCCAUCCCCUGUUGUUUGCAGUCAUUUGGAUGAUGUCUGUUCUCUGCUCCAGGACAAGAUAGGCAACCUUAAUGAUAUUUUCCCAAUGAUUAUCCAAAAGUGCCUGGGUCCAAGUGGGAGUUGUCCCAUUUCUAUUUAUAAUUAUGCUUUAUUGAUUAACUGUAAUCUGAAAUUGGAAUUUGUAUCCAAACAAAAUGGGGUAAAAAGUUCAAAGCAAGUUGCUAAAAAGGCUUCUCGAGAUCUAUUUGUUCAAAAAUUCUCCUGCAAAUCUCCAGUUUAUCAUAAUUGCAGAAUUUAUGCAAAUGAUGGGCGACUGCUUUGUUACUGUGAUCAAAGGAAGCUUGAAUGGUAUCUUCGUAGAGAUUUGGCAAAAAUUGUGGAUGAUAAUCCGCCUGCCAUUAUGCUUCUCUUUGAACCCAAAGGCCGUCCAGAAGAUGAAGACAAUGAUUUUUAUAUCCAGAGUAAGAAAAAUAUAUGUGUUGGCUGUGGUGAAGGAAGUCACUACUUACGCUACCGAAUAAUUCCCUCAUGCUACAGAAUGCACUUUCCUGAGCACAUGAAAAGCCACCGUUCUCAUGAUAUUGUCUUAGUUUGUGUGGACUGUCAUGAAGUUGCCCAUGCUUCUGCUGAGAAGUACAAAAAGCAAAUUGCUGCAGAAUUUGGAAUUCCCCUUUUUGUUCGUAAAGUUGUUGAUUUAAAACAAGUGCAAGUUAUGUCUGGGUCAUCUGAGUCAGAAACAAACCUUGAGGAGGGAGGUGUAUCUCCUUUACAAUUGCGGACAGCUGCUAUGGCACUUCUGCGCCAUGGACCAAGAAUGCCAUCCAAGCGCCGUGAUGAGCUGACACAGAUUGUCAUGAGUUAUUAUGGAGGGAGGGAGAUAUCUGAGGUAGAUUUGGAAAAGGCUUUGCUAGUUGGCAUGAGUCCUCAUGAGAGAAGACGACUUGAGAAGAAGAAAGGAUUGUCUUUCAAGCCUUCUGCUGUGAGCAUACUUCCAAAUGUGGAGCAAGAGAAUAAUAAUGGUAGCGCAGAGACAUCUGGCAUUGUGGAGACAUCAGAAGUUAGUACCCUAGAUGAUUCUCAAAGCACUAAAGCAGAAGCACGUAGUAGAAAAGAAGAUAGAGAAACAGGUGCUGAUGUAGGUGACUCCUCUGUUUGUGCUGAUUCAGGGAUUAAAGAAGAAGUCAGUUCUACUUUUAAAGAGAACGUAAAGCCUGAUAAAAAUGGAGUUUCUGAUAUAAAUGGUGUCCUUUUGAUAAAUUCUAAUGAUGAUUGUGAGAGUAGAAGUCCAUCAAACAGAAUAGUUGACUUAUAUCAUACAGAAUAUGAUGGAACUGCCCAACCUAAGCAUCACCCAAAAUUAUCACUAUUAGGACAUGGUCCACAUGGGAAACAAGUUGUAGAUCAUCUCCUAAAGGAAUAUGGUGAGGAUGGUAUUCGGCAAUUCAGUCAAAGGUGGAGACAAGUAUUUGUCGAGGCUGUUCAUCCUCGUUUCUUACCUGCUGGCUGGGAUGUAAUGCACAGAGAGACUUCAAAUUAUGUUGAGGAACUGAAUUUGUCAUUUUGUCUCAAGGAUUUGAUUGUGGGCAAUGUUUUUGCCAGUGGUAGAAGGGACUUUGGUGAAUAUAGUGUAUACAAUCCUGCCAAGAAAACUUCUGCUCCUGUUCAGAGUUAGUUCCAACAUCUAGGAUGCUGCGACAUCAUGCAUGGACUUAAUAAGGUUGGAUGGCGUUGAAUGUGGCGCAAUGGUACAUCAAGAUCCAAUUGGUCGUAAACCCCCUUGUUGGCAUAUACACUUCUGUUUUGUGCCUUAUUUAUUUAUUUAUUCCAGUUCUUUUCUUAUGUAAGAUCUUAGAGCUUCCAUGUUCAAACUUUUGACAUUUUCAAUUUGUUAAU